GACCCACACAUUCAUAUGGAGAUUUGGGUGUAUAAAUACAGGGCAGAGGCAGAGGAGAAGGCAGCUCAGAUUCAACUGGCUCUUCAAACCGAGCAGGAACGCUCUGACUCUACAGCUAUGGCACCCACUGUGUUUGGACAAGCAAGCUUUUCUAAGGAACACCUGACUCCAGCUCAUAAGCUGAGAAAGCCAAUGGUGGAGAAACUGCGCAGAGACCGCAUAAACACCAGCAUCGAGCAGCUGAAAUCCCUGCUGGGUCCUGAGUUCCUCAGGCAGCAGCCCGACUCCAAGCAAGAGAAGGCCGACAUCUUAGAGAUGGCCGUGUCCUAUCUGAGAGUCUGGCAGCAGCAGAAGCAGCAGCAGCAGCAGCAGCAGGCCAACAUGACCUCCGGCUUGAUGACAGCCGGUGAUGGCUACUCCCGGUGUGUGCAGGAGGCCGUCAGCUUCCUGUCCCACUGCGAGGUCCAGACUCAGGCCCACAGACGACUACUCAACCACUUCCAGGGUCUGCAGGCGUCCAGCAGGACCAGCCACAGUCCCUCCACCCUCUCCCCUCCUGGCUCUCCGCUCCAUCAGGUCAACUCCAGCAAGGGUGUGAGCCAGGCCAAUGGUGCUCUGUGGAGGCCCUGGUAGGAUGGAGGCAGAAAAAAGAACUACGUCUGUGAACGUCAUGGACAGAAAGUUGAAGACUUCACUGAAGUCUGUUUCCUUUUGCUUUGGCAGGAGAUUCAAUAUUGUUGAGUUUUAUACUUGUGGUGGUGAAAUGGGCACAAUGUGCCAGUACUCCUUUGGAGGGAGUGAAAUGAUUCAGGUUUUACUGAAUAUGUACACCAUGUGUAUGCACACUAUACACAGUGUUUCCUCUGUGAUUGUGUGAAUUAUUCCUGUUGGGAAAAACAUGUCCUGAAAAUGUGUUUGUUUUGCAAACAUCACUGAAUUAUCUCGCUGUACACCCACAUUGGGUUGAAAAUAUUUAAGUGUCUGAGACACUGUUUGAUCAUGUGUUUAAACUACUGUCUAUCUUUGAUACUGGGUAUCACUGACUGAUACAUUUCAUCAGCUUGGUGUUAAUGAAUCAACAACAUCCCAUAAAUGGAUCCCAUGGAUCCACUUUUACUGUAAAUCGUAUUAUGAUUAUACUUAAUUAUGACUAUGUGUAACCAUUAUUUGGCCUAUGUGUGAAGGAGUGUUACUGUUGGACUUGUAUCUGUUCAUAAUAGAUGUUUUAUCUUUAAAUUAUACCUUUUAUAAAGGCAUUUUAUGUUGACAUCAGUCUUUGCUAAAAGAAUCUGUUGAAUUGCUUCCCUGAGAAGUUUGACUUUGAAAACAAUAAAUGGAAAACUUCACAUGAAGUUUUGAAAACAUAAA